UUUUUUAAAACACUGGGGUUGCCGGCGCGGUCCAAUUUUUCCUGGAGUGGAGUGCGAAAUUCAGAAGACUGAAGCCCAGGCUGACUGUCUACCUUUCACGGAGGCCGAGCCGUGAGAGGACGGAAGAAGGCACCUGGCGCAUCAUGACAGCGGACAAAGAGAAGGACAAAGAGAAAGAGAAGGACAGGGAUCGGGACAAACGGGACAAGGGGCGGGAGACCGAGAACUCGCGGCCCCGCCGGAGCUGCACCCUGGAAGGCGGCGCCAAGAACUACGCCGAGAGCGACCACAGCGAAGACGAGGACAAUGACAACAACAGCGCCACCACCGAGGAGUCCACCAAGAAGAACAAGAAGAAGCCGCCGAAGAAGAAGUCGCGCUAUGAGAGGACCGACAACGGGGAGAUCACCUCCUUCAUCACCGAGGACGAUGUCGUCUACCGGCCCGGAGAUUGCGUGUAUAUCGAGAGCCGUCGGCCCAAUACACCCUACUUCAUCUGCAGCAUCCAAGACUUCAAACUG